ACAAUCAGCUGUUUGAACGUUCCAAUUUGUGCAGUGAGCCCCGCCGCAGCGGCCGCACAGACUCAAAGCCCCGCGGGCGAGCUCAGCAGCCCGGAGCGACCGCGGCCCCGCCGCCUCCCCCGCGAGCCCCGGCGAUGCGGCCCGGCCUGUGAGCGGCCGGCGACCCUGGGGCGCCCCGCCGCACAACUACCUCAACGUCGCGCCGCCCGCCUCCCGCCCCCAGGGAAUCUCUGGAGAUUGGUUCACCUUUUGUGGUCCUGACCCCUUCUGUCCUCACUGUACCUUGGAGUCCUAGAGUCCAAUAAAAUCGCUGCCUCCCAGCUGUUUGGAUCACAGAGAGGUUUUUGCACUGCCAUAGGGCGCCCCCGUGAGGCGCUUCACCCCCCACCAUGUUCCAGCGCCUCACCAGCCUCUUCUUCAGCACCCCCUCGCCCCCCGAAGACCUCGACUGCCCCCGCGCCUUCGUGUCGGAGGAGGAUGAAGUGGACGGCUGGCUCAUCAUUGACCUGCCGGACAGCUACGCGGCUCCACCCAGGCCCGGGGCCGCCCCUGCCCCCGCGGGCCGCCCUCCGCCCGCGCCCUCCUUGAUGGACGAGAGCUGGUUUGUUACCCCUCCCGCCUGUUUUACUGCAGAGGGGCCUGGACUCGGUCCCGCCCGCCUCCAGAGCAGCCCCCUGGAGGACCUCCUCAUCGAGCACCCCAGCAUGUCCGUUUACGUCACCGGCAGCACCAUAGUGCUAGAGCCCGGGCCCCCUUCCCCGCUCCCGGACGCGGCCCUGCCUGACGGCGACCUCAGCGAAGGGGAAUUGACGCCCGCCCGCCGCGAGCCGCGGGCCGCGCGCCACGCCGCUCCUCUCCCAGCGCGGGCGGCGCUGCUGGAGAAGGCGGGCCAGGUGCGGCGGCUUCAGCGGGCCCGGCAGCGGGCAGAGCGCCACGCGCUGAGCGCCAAGGCGGUGCAGCGGCAGAACCGAGCCCGCGAGAGCCGUCCGCGCCGGUCCAAGAACCAGGGCAGCUUCAUCUACCAGCCGUGCCAGCGCCAGUUCAACUACUGAGCGUCCACCGGCCGCGCCGCGAACCCCUUGCCGACUCCCGAUCCCUGUCGGGCUCCUCCGACUCCUCGGGCUGGACACCGAAACCUCCCUUCUUAAAGCGUGUGAGGUUGGGUGAUAGCCGUUCCUUCCCCUACACCCUCAAUUUCCCCAUCUCUGGUCCUCUAAUCUGCCUCUGAACCCAUUCACCCUUCACCCUGGCUCCUUCUGGCCCCCAUACCCAGCGUCUAAUCAUCCAUGCCCCCUACUCCUGACCCCUCCAUCCUUUCUUCUCUGGUCCCCAUCCCUGUCUCUCCCCUUCACCCUUGCCCUCCAGUCCUCUACCUCUGGCCUGCCCCUAUUUCUGAAAGCUUCUUCUAGUCCCUGAUCUGGCUCAUUCCCCACCUUCAACUCCCACCUUACAUGACUCACACUAUCCCAUGGUUGGCAUUACACUCACUCCUUUUCCCUUAUUCUUCAUUCCCAGUAAUUCCCUACCAAAUGGUGGGGACCCUGAGCCCAGCUCUGACCAGGUAGAGCCUGUGCAGCCUGGCCUGCUGUCAUUGCCCUCUAGUAAGGGCUCAGGGUUUUGCUUUUAGUCUCCCCCUCCUUCUGCCUUGGGGGCAGUACUCUGUGGAGCUGCUUAGGCCUGGAAAGGUACAGUAUGUAGAAGAGGACUGUGAGACGUGAGUUAGAGGGAGAAGAUGGAGGGAAUCUAGGGAACGAGGCAACCUACUGGAGAUGCAGACAGGACAGACACGUUGAGAAGCUGCAGGGAGCAGGGCACCAAAGGAAUGCACUGUGCUUGCUCAGAGAGGCCAAACCCUGCUCCCAGGCUGAAGCCUGGAGUCUGCCCCCACUUCCCUUUUCUAUAAUCCACCCUUCUGCAGGCCCUGAAAUCUGAAGGGCUUAGUUAGUACCUUGCCACUCUACCCCCGACAUGUCACCCGAGUAGAAGCUGGGCAAGGCCCCACCAUCCUGGCCGUCUGUUCACAAGCCCAAGGUGCUAGAACUAGCUUAGGAGACAUGCAGGCCACAGGGCUUCUAGGCAGGGAAAGGGCACACACCCUAGGUCAGAGUGCAGAGCAGUGAUGCUGGAGGACACACCAUGGGGUGAAGCCAUCCCAAGGCUGACAGCUCAGCCUUCACCUUGCCUCUGGCCUUGUAUUUCACACCCUGCUCAGUAUGGCUAGCCAGCAGUCCUGAGUAGGAGUCCAGGACCCCCACUGUCCCAAUCUGCAAAUUGUUCCUAUCCAGGUUCAGGGCCUUCAGGGGGCCUCUUUUCAUUUUCUCCCACAGGCCUCUCUUUCUUUCUAGGUUGCUGGGGAGAAAUGGGUACCCUAUGGUCCCCCUCCCCUUCUCCUCCAGUAAGAGGGAACCUGAAUCCCUGGGGGAGACAGAAGGGGCAGGGGCCACCAGCCUCCCCUUCUUGUGGUGAGACUGAAUUUUGGGCUCAGACACCAGCAACAACCUCUUGCGAUGCCCCGAGUUGCUUCCCAUUUCCUCUUUCUAGCCGUUCUUUUCUAGUGUGUGCUCACUCUUCCUUGGAACUUUUAAGACUUCUUGGUACAUAUGAACAUAGGUCCUCCCCUCACCCCAACUCUAGGUUUCCAGGCCUCACAGCCAAGCUGAGGCUUGGAGAAAACUCUGCAUUCCCAUAAGGGCAAAGGCAGCUGCCCUCCCUGACCCUAUAGCCCCAGGCCUCAUAGGGGGUAUGUGGGGAAGGGAUGGGGUAUCCCCAUGGAUGCUGGGAUGAGGACAGAGGAAGACCUGAUGGGGUCUCCUAUUCCAGGGAAUAAGCCAAAUUAACACUAAAAACAGAUCAAAGCUCCCACGCCCGUCCACUAGGGCCCCAGUAGUUGACAGCCUUGCUCCUCUCCCAAGUUCUCCUUCAGAACCUAGUUGCUUUUAUUCUUCCAGCUACCACUUGGGCACUUCACAGCCAGCCUAGGGUCUUUGGCACCUCGAAGAGCUGAAUCUCCCUCCAACCCUUCUUGCCUACUCCUCACUGCCAGCUGGGACCUAGGCUCAGUCCUGUGUGGUGCCCAUGAUCCUUCUGGUGGGGGAAGAGUUUAAGUUAUAGGGCAUUUGGCUCAAAUUUUAAAAGGUCUUUUGUUUACCCAUAUUUCUGGAGGCUCCUGUAGUUCUAGAACCCAAUCUCUCACCUGGUUGGUUGCAAGGCUCAUAUUUUUUUGUACCUUUCCUAUAGAUUCUGUAGCAUUUGGGUGUGGCAAUAUUUUAAUUGUGUAUAGAUUUCUAAGAACCAACACUACUCAGUCUCCUGCUAGUCUGACUCCUGAAGCAUCAGCCCUUGUCAUACUGUAUUGACUGUGUAUGUGCCUUUCACCUUGAGCAUGCUUCAGGAUUUUUUUUUAAACCACAGAACUUGAAUACAUGAGGGAACCAGAGUUCAAAGUCCUAUGCAACCUUAGGAGGGGGUUAGACAGUCUGUUUUGAUUGAUGUUUUCUGAGGCCCUAGAGGAGUUUGUACCAAUUUGUGAGUAUUAAUGUCAGUACUACCAGCACUUUGCCAAAACUGUGUCAGAGGGACCCCUGUUUCUAGAGUGAGUCCCAGUUACAUCAAAGAGUGACUUCCAGUUAUUCCCCAGCAAGUCUGAGUGGUUCCUUCAAGCUGGGUGUCUUUCCAGCCUUUGCCAGUCUAGCCCCAGCAGGGCACCGUGUGUGUAUGAAUGCAGUUUGGUGCUGUUUUAGAGUAUGCCUGCUCCCCAGCCCCCUGCCUGGAACCCUCUGAGCAACUUGCUCUGACCUAUAAUGUCUUAGGUGCAACACGGACCCCACCAGAGCUCUUGGAUACCCCCCUAGAUCCAUGUGGCUUUACGUGAGGGGACUGAAUGCAGACACAGCAUAGCCCCCUUCUACUACUUUCCCUCUCGCCCUGCCAGCUAGUUCCACAUGGAACCAACAAGUUGAGUGCAUCCCUGUUGGGUGUUUUGUGUUGAGACUGGCUGAAAUGAGGAGACUUUGACCAUGUGACGUGUCAACAGACUCAAGGAAACAACCACCUCAGCUGGGUCAUGUGGCAUGCCUGUGUGUGUGUGUAACAGAAUUUGAUUGUCAGACUGUAAUGCUAUUCCUCUACGGGAGAAAAAAUUAAUAUAAAGAAAAACAAAUAAAAAUCUAUUUAAAGCACA